UGAGUGAGCAGCUGGGAGGAGCAGGAUUUACUGAGUGUGUUCCAGCAGGGACAGGGACAGGGACAGUGUCAGUGUCUCCGGGAGGGGCAGGGGGAGCCGGAACCCCUCUGACACCGGGCUGUGUCCUGUCUGGAAGCGGUGGGUGCAGGUGGACGGUGUGCGCGGAGCUGAGACAGACCGCGGUCUGGGAGAGAAGGGGACGCUGUUACCCGGAAUAAGGAGCCCGAGGCUGGGAAGGAGAGAGAGAGAGAGAGGCAGUCCGAUUCCCGAAUGGCCACCUGCUUUGGGGAACAGCUGCUGCUGGCGGAGUGGAGGUUGGUGUGCAGUAAGAAAGGAUAAAUCCGAGAAUCAUUUCGCUGCUCGGGAUUAGAUGGGGACAGUUCAUUGCAAAGGUUCAUGCAACAUUCGGAGUGAGAAGAUGUCUCUGCACUGUCCUUUGAACAGCACUGCUGUGAGAAAUGGCUUUCUGCUCCAGCCCCACAGUCCAUUCCUAUAAACUCUCCCAGCGGCUGCUGUUCGGCUUCACCCUGUCUCUGUCCCUCACCUAUGUCUGCUACACUUUGCUGAGUUGUUACACCUCCCUGCAGUUCCCGGUGACCCAGGGCAGUGAGCACAAGGCGGGCAGUGUUGGAGAGCCUCCCGGGGCCAGGCUGUGGCUGAGCGAGAGUAGCCCCACGUUCCAGGCGCUGGGCAGCGAGAGCCCAGCCGAGGUGGCCACCGUGCACAGCUGGCUACUGGACAGGGAAGGCCAGGAGUCCAGCACCACGGACGAGGAGCUGAGCCGCAGCAACAGCACGCCGGACUUCGGGCUGCAGCGGCUGCCUCAGGCUAUCAUCAUCGGGGUGAAGAAGGGAGGUACCCGGGCGCUGCUGGAGGCCAUCCGGGUGCACCCGGACGUCAGGGCGGUCGGUGUGGAGCCACACUUCUUCGACAGGCAUUACGACCGGGGUCUGGAAUGGUACAGAAGCUUGAUGCCCAAGACGCUGGAUGGUCAAAUCACCAUGGAGAAAACACCCAGUUAUUUUGUUACCAGGGAGGCACCAAAGCGAAUCUUCUCGAUGGCAAAAGGCACUAAACUCAUCGUAGUGGUCAGGAACCCAGUGACGAGAGCCAUUUCAGACUAUACCCAGACACUGUCCAAGAAACCGGAGAUUCCGACCUUUGAGGUUCUAGCCUUCAAGAACAGGACCCUGGGCCUGAUUGAUGCCUCUUGGAGUGCGAUUCGCAUUGGAAUCUACGCCUUGCACCUGGAGAACUGGCUCCAGUUCUUUCCCCUCUCCCAGAUCCAUUUUGUCAGUGGGGAGAGGCUCAUCAUCGACCCAGCCGGAGAAAUGGGCAAAGUGCAGGACUUCCUGGGCCUCAAGAGGAUCGUCACCGACAAGCACUUUUACUUCAACAAAACCAAGGGCUUUCCUUGCCUGAAGAAACCAGAGGACAGCAGCACGCCGAGGUGCCUCGGCAAAUCAAAAGGAAGAACUCAUCCAAAAAUAGAUCCAGAUGUAAUCCACAGACUGCGAAAGUUUUACCGGCCUUUCAAUGUCAUGUUCCAUCAGAUCACAGGAGAAGACUUUGAUUGGGAAAAGGAUGAAAAUCAAGAAAUCAGUUGAGGGUAUCGACAGCCUGAAAUUAAAACAAAGAGAGAAUAGAAACUGGUUUCUUACUGAGAAAAAGAUAUAAAUAUGAUAAGACUAUAUUGUUAGUCUGGUGAAAAGAAAAAUUUUAUUAAGACUGUAAUUAAUAAAAAAAGGAGAAUAAUUUUCAAGCUAUAUUACAGCUUACCAAAGGUGUUGUGCUGAUGAAUUGUAAUUAUUUUGAAGAUGAGUUGUGUUGAGUUGAGCUUGAGUUUUCUGGGAUUUUCUGAAGUUCUUUUCACCCAUGUCAGAUUGCCCUAUAAAAUCUCCUGAAGAAGCUCCAAACUGUCUUUAUUGUGUCUCCU